GCAGCUGGAGCGCGAGAGAGAUUCAGAUCGAGUGUGUAGACAACCGACGUUGAUCGGAGAAUAGGAGGAUUUAAAUACCUUUAAAGCGGGCGACCUGCUCAGCCCUUCGGGUGUGGGGAGGGUGACUGUUUUGUGUCUUUGCUGGACCGGGGGAGCAGGGGGAGAAGGAGGAGGAACGGAUAAUGAGCUAUUCUUGUACCAGCACAGGCAACAGCCAGGACCCAUCGAGCGCUAAGAAGUCCGUCGGCGUUAAUCCCGGUAGUUGCAGCGGCGGAGACACCGGUAACGGCAACAACAGCUACAGCAUCCGUGGCAGCCAAGCGAACCCGAAGCCCGAUUUAACCGAGGCCAUGAAAGUCAAGAAGGGCUGCAACACGACAGACGUGGGGGUCCCCGUCACCACUGAGGACGAAUUGCUCGCGAACAAAACAAUCAGCCCCGAAGAUGUGCUGGGAUUGCAGAAGAUCACUGAAAACUAUCUAUGUAGUCAAGAAGACAAUGUGUACAAUAUUGACUUCACAAGGUUCAAGAUCAGGGACAUGGAGACAGGGACAGUGCUGUUUGAGAUCACUAAACCUCCAGCCACAGAUAAAGGUGGGGAUAAAAGAGAUGUUGAUCCAAACGCUGGGCGAUUUGUACGUUAUCAGUUUACGCCAGCUUUCUUACGGCUACGUCAAGUAGGAGCCACCGUUGAAUUCACAGUGGGAGACGUCCCUAUCAAUAACUUCCGGAUGAUUGAGAGGCACUAUUUCCGUGAACAGCUGCUGAAGAGCUUUGACUUUGAGUUCGGCUUCUGCAUUCCCAGCAGUAAGAACACCUGCGAGCACAUCUACGAGUUCCCUCCACUCUCAGAUGAACUCGUGUCUGGGCGUCAGAGACUGUAAUUCGUGGAGACACCAAACUUGGCAGGAUGAUCCCAAAUCCCCCUCACUACUCAGGCACACAAAUGCACACCCAUCUGACCCUAGGUGGCGCUAUAAUAAACACAUUUAUAUUUUGGCUCAUAUCUCUGCAACCGUAAGGGCUAGAGUCAGGCCCUACAAAAUGUAUAUCUCAGUCUAUAAUUUUUUCCCCGCCAUUCUGAAUUUUUUUGAAAAAACUACUUUUUCGAACUCCUCCUAGACCGUUAGUCCGAAUGGCAUGUAAUUUGGUAUAGAUCACAGGGAUUAAAGUUCUCCAUCGCUAUGACGGAUUUCUGUCAAUAGAGGGUAUGCACUGGGUGGGUGUAACCGCAGUGACGUCAUGUGCAUACCCUCUAUUGCAAGGGUCUUCAACAGUGGUACCGCAGAGGGUCCACAUUAUUGUUUGAUCCACCUUGGUGACAUUUUUAAUAAUCACUUGCACGCGAGCAACAGCAAGAGACAGGAGUAUGAAUUAUCGACAUAUUGAAGUCCUUCGCAGCUGCAUGCCAAAUCUUAGUGUGACUAAACUGCGGUAGUCAGCAGAAGCACGCAGCCCAGACAAGCCCUUCACGUGACCACCACUUAUCACGAGCUGCUCAAUGCAUGACACACAUCAGGUUCAGCAGCGCUGCAAUGGAGGGUCACGUGAGUAAACACGUCUGCUUUGCAUUGGUCGCGCUGUGCGGUUGAGCAGAUGACAGCCUGCUUUCAGAACAAUAGCAUACUUGCCUGGUGUAAAUAAAUAGUUACCGCUGAGAUUAUCAAGAUGGCAUACAGGGUCCGUGUAUACACAAGACGGUGACUCUCAAAUCAACAUAAUUAAAGGUUUAAGCUGGUUGGCUGGUUUUAGCUGUUCACCCAGCCUAGCCAGGCUGGUCAGUUAGCAGGUUUCAGAGGGGGUUUGAACACUUUUUAGCUGGUCAGGCUGGGAGACCAGCUAAGACCACCCUGACAAGCUUAGACCAGCCUUACCAACUAAGACCACCCUGACCAGCCUGAUCAGCUAAGAUCAGCAUGACCAGCCUGACAAGCUAAGGCCAGCUAAAACCAGCCAACCAGCUUUUAGUUGUUUUAUUUUAUUAAUAUUAUAAUUUUUAUUGUAUUUUUUUCUGUUGUGUUAUGAGGUUGACUUAAAUCAAAACAUUGUUUUGUGUUUGGUGAUAAAUAAAAACAUGCACUGAAAAGUUAUCUAGAUGGUUGAUUAUUUGUAUGCCUAAAAAGUGUGUCAUGCAUUGCAAAAAGUAUCAGUUUUAUUUUAUAGAUUGAAAACAGCUUUGAAAUUACGCAAACUGGCAAUAGAAAAGCUGUUCUAAAACAUCUUCCCUUAAACCGCUAUUGGUCUUGAGGAUUUAAAUAAAGUGUAGGUUAAAGGAAUAUGACUUAGCCUGAAAAAUUUUUUUUUUUUUUUUUUUUUUUUUUUUUGCUUUAAUCUCUGACAUCACCUCCUGACAAAAAAUUAUCAAAAUAAUUUUGAUACGUCAAAUCAUUCAAAGAUAUGAACGAUGCAAUUCCUUCGGUUUAAUGCGAUUUGAGUAAUUGAUCAAUAUCUACUCAUCACAAACUCCAGAUGUAACCAAUCUGAUGCACAUAGUCAAAAGGACGUUUAGAAGAUGUCAGCAAAAUUUCGUACAAUUUUGCCUCUAGGGGGUGCUACAGCUAAAAAAACUGUCAUAACUUUGCAGCCGUUUGAGUGACAGAGUUCAAAUUAAAUAUGCAUCUUCAAAUGCUAACAUAUUCUUAAAAAUUCAUUUCAACAAAUUAACAAUAAUGGCUGUCAACGGCCAAUCAAAUUUCAGUACCUUAUAACUCAUAUUGGGAAUGGCUGUGGGUUAUGGAAAUUACUAUAUACAAGCAGGAUAUCUACAUGAAGCCGCAUAUAAAAUUUUGUGACAAUCGGCCACACGGUGGGGCUAUAAUUGGCUCAUUUGUGUUUUUGCUAAUAUCUCCGGAACCGUAUAGGCUACAGUAAACAUUUGUAGCUUUUCUGAAUCCACCAGUGCCCCUAAAUCAUAUGGUCACUUGAAUUUUCAUUUCCGCAAGAAACGUUUUCUCCAAUUUUGAUUUAUUUUUCCAAAAAAACUACUUUUUCGAACUUGUCCUUGGCCGUUUGCCUGAUUCUCACGAAACUUGAUAUACAUCAUUUGCAGAACCUCCUGACAAAAAAAUGUCAAAAGAAUUUUGAUACGUCAUAUCGUUCCAAAGAUAUAAACAAAUAUGUUUUGGGGCUUGGCCUAUAAUGACUGUUAACCUGUAUUUUGUGAGCGCAAUUUUCAAACUUAACAAAACUUUGUACACAAAGACAAGAUAAUGGUAACACGCUGAGUUUUGAUAAUUUUUUAUGCUAGGGGGCGCUAUAACUUAAGAAAAUCCUAAAUGUGCAACUGUGCUCAAAGCAGUUGAAUGAACUCCAGAACUGUAUAGGAUAAAAAUAUAUAUAUUUUUUUAUUUCUGUGAAUCCAUCAGUGCCUCCAAAUCAUGUGGUAACAUGAAUUUCCAUUUCCGCAAAAAAACUUUUUCAUUUUGAUUUAUUGAAAAACCUACUUUUUCAAACUCAUCCUAGGCUCUUUGCCCGAUUCACUCGAAACUUUGUAUACAUUAUCUACAGACAUUCCUGGUAAUAAUUUAUCAAAGGGAUUUUGAUAUGGUAAAUUGUACAGAAGAUAUUAGCUGAUAGGUUUUUGGGUAUGGCCUAUUAUGACUAAUUGACCCAUAUCUUAUGAGCACACAUUUUAAACUUAACAAAACUUAGUGUACAUGGACAAAAGAACAUUCUGAGGUAACAUGCAAAAUUUCAUCAGUUUGGCAUGGCUGUAACAUAAGAAAUACCUAAUUUCUGAACUGUAUUUAAGGCCUUCAUAGGCAUAAAAGGCAGUACUGUUUGUCCACCAGAGAGAGCCACAUAACUAUAAAUCAUUCAAAGAGUCUUAAAAGAGUAAUUAAAGGUAGAUUAAGGUUGGGUUGCACCAACCAGGAUUAAUCUUAAAUUUAGAUUAAAUCAAGGUUUAUUUGAUAAUUCUGUUGCACCAAACUUUAAACUUUGUUUAAAAAUAAUCAGGGUAACAUUUAAAUAAUCAUUUUGAUCCUUAUUUAAAUUUAACAGUAAAUCUGAGUUGACUUUAAUCCUGUUGCUCCAUUACUUUAAACUCUGAUUUAAAUCUCAGUUAUGGAUUAACUUUAAACUUGCAGGUAGUUUAAAUAUUAAGUUUACCUACAAUAAAACAUGAAUGACUUUGUAAGAGAACCGUGAAUAUGCCGUCAGCCCUCUGAAGGCAGUUAGGUUUUUGUUAGGGUUCCACAGGAUCUUUACUGUCAAAUCAGAUUAUUUUUGUCAUUUUUCCAUAUGUGCUUACCCCAAUAAUUGCCGCCUGUGGCUACAGUGCAUCUGGAAAGUAUUCACAGCGCUUCACUUUUUCCACAUUUUGUUAUGUUACAGCCUUA